AUGAAACUCACAUAUCUCAUUCCAGCAUUGACUGCAUUGGUCUCUCUCUGCAAUGCUGCCGCUACUACCAAAGCCGUCUCGGCGUCCGUCUCUNUUGACAACAACAGAAGAUUCCUGUUCGACACGGAUGGGAGACAGAUUGAUGCCUAUGGCUCCAAAGUCAACAACUUCAACGGCAAAUACUAUCUCUACGGCAACUCGUUCUCGGAGACUGGGGUCGCGUAUGGCAUCAAAUCGUACUCUUCUGUCGAUCUCGUGAACUGUCCUUGUGCUGCGUCUGGCGGCUGUGGCCGUCCUCACAUCGUGUAUAAUGCCAACACCAAGAGCUAUGUACUCUGGGCCAAUGCUGGAGAUCCCGGAUAUGUUGUCGCGACAUCGAGCUCGCCCACUGGACCGUUUGUCUUCUCUGCGGCGAGAGCACUUCUCGAUCCUGCUUUCGACGGCCUGCAACCGGCCGACUUUACCGUCGAAGUCAUCGAUGGGAUUGGCUAUAUCGUCUUUUCCGCGCUGAACUUCAGGAGCCCGAAUGCUGGAAAUGUGUGGCCUCCUAUCUUCCAGAAUAUGCAUGUCAGUAAGUUGACUGCUGAUUUCAUGAACACGACUAGGGUCAGCUACCCCGUGAGCUCUAGUGCGGGCGACUUGAUCGACAAUGAGGCAGAGUCGCCGGAUAUCUUCAAGCAUGGAAAUAACUACUAUGUUGCCGCUUCCAACACGUGUGGGUACUGCAAUGGAUCUAUUGCGUUGCUGUAUCGCUCAAGCUCGAUCCAAGGACCAUGGACUCGUCAGAUCCUGGAAGGAUACUCCUGCAAUGGUCAAGUCGAAGGCGUGCUUCCAUUGACAAACCCUGCAAACGGCGCAGUGACCAAUGUCUGGCACUCGACUAGUGUCCCCGGAGGUCCUCGCACAGGAUUUGGUGGCCACAUCUUCCAGCCCUUGACGUUCAAUGCCGAUGGCAGCGCGAAGAAUCUCGACUGCUCGACAACCGCGACUUUCCCCGUCACCUUCACCAAAGGCAAUGGCACACUGGCAGCAGGCAAUGCUACCAAAGCUGCAGACACUACACCCGCACUCGCCGUGUACAGUCCAGUCUGCGACUCUGACUCGUUCAUCCUAUACCAAACCUGGACGGCANGCAAGAGCGGCACACUCAAGAGUGUGUCUUUGAACGUCGCCCGGGGCUCCCAGACCGUACCUCUUUCCCUCACCGUUUUCAAACUUUCCUCGCUCAACGAUCUUUUCACACCCGAGUACAAGUGGACAGCUCUGGGGACUGCGGCCUUCAAUGCCAAUCAGACAAACUACACUUUCGACACCGUCACCGUGCCCGUAACCACCAAUGCUACAGUCACCAAGGGCGAAUUGUUGGGUUUGUCCAUCUCGGGUGCUGACUACUCGCCUUGGUGCCAUUUAGAGUAUCAGACGACGGGAGACUGCGGAUUCAAGUUGUACCAGCAGGGCAACGGACAGUACUCGUGGCGUGGGCUGCAGGGCAAGAAUGCGCCCGUAUAUGAGAGACAGGGCAAGAGCAUCAAGUUUUUCGCAACGAUCGACUAUAAGCAGCUCCGGGAGCGCGCCAUUGGACUGGUAAGCCGGGCGCCUAUCGCGCUUCUCAUCUCGCCCACCAUGGCGCACGUUGUCAUCAUCGGCGGCUCGUACGCAGGAACAAAAGUCGCACAUCAGGUCCUCAGGCAGGUUCCCGACUCGAAAGUCACCCUCAUCGACCCCUCAGAUGUCUUUUACUACAACAUUGCCGCGCCGCGCAUCAUCGCCAAGCCAAAGGAAGCCAAAGUCGAGCAAUACCUCAUCCCCAUCAUGGACAAGUUCAAGCAGUACCCCGCCACCAGAUUCACCCUUGUCCAAGGCUACGCCGAGUCCGUCGACACUGCCGCAAAGAUUGUGCGCGUGAAGGACGGAAAAGACGUUUCGUACGAUUACCUGGUCGUUGCUUCGGGCUCGACAACGCCAGGAACCGUCGGCGAGGAAGCCAUCCCCUUCAAGACCACCGGAGCAGACAUCAAGCAANAAGUCGAAGCCGCACAACAGCGAGUCGCAGCCGCCGACAGCAUCAUCAUCAUCGGCGCCGGCCCCGUAGGCGUCGAAAGCGCCGGCGAAAUCGCCCAAGCCUACCCCAACACAAAAGUCACCCUCAUCUCUUCACACGCACAGGUGCUGCCCAACCUCAAGGCCUCGGCCGCCAAAUCCGCACACGCCAGUCUCGCAAACCUGGGUGUGGAGAUGGUUUACUCUGCCCGCGUCACCGAUACAAAGCAAGAGAAUGGGAGGUUUACCGUGCAGCUCGACAAUGGCAAGACUCUUACCGCUGCCCUGGUCAUCUCGGCAGCAGGCAACAUUGCAAAUACCUCCUUCAUGCCCCGCGACGCUUUGGAUCAAGAUGGCUGGAUCAAAGUCGACAGAAACAUGCGUGUCUCUUCCAUCACCGACAACUCUGUCUACGCCCUCGGCGACGCGACAAUGUACAAGCAGCGCUACUAUCUCAAGGUCAAUGAUCAGAUCCACGUUGUAGCCAACAACAUCAAGAAUGCCGUCACCUCCUCUGGACAACUCAAGACGUACGACGCUAGCGAUAAGUUGAUGGUCUUUGUGCCCAUUGGAAGCAAAACUGGCACUGGACAGAUAGGCAGCUUUGUGCCCUUUAGCUUCAUGGUUGCAUUUGUCAAGGGCAAGGAUUACUUUAUGAGCAAGGCUGCUACUAUGAUUGCCGCUUGA